AGCAAAGCAGGGUUGUUGGAGUUGCUUGCUUUUCCAGACACAGAGCAGAGGUUUUGGGGUCCAGGCCAGCUUGGGCCUCCUAAUUCCCUCCCAGAGAAAUCUUUUCCCCUCCUAGAGCCCCUUGGGCUCCUCCCCAGAUCUGCAAAAAAACCCUCUGCCCCCUUCCUCCCCUCCCAUUUCCUUCCCUCUGUCCCGUGCUGGAAUUCGCUCCCUCCCUUCCCAUCCUGCAUCCCAGCAGCCAAGGAAAAGCUUGGAGGCCCCCAAGUGCCUGGGAAGGGGCCUUGCCCCACAUCAAGGACUCUCCAGACCCGGGACCAAGAAAUCUAUCCAUCAUGGGGGUCAGCCGUGGCUGUUUGCUCUGCGUUAAAGUGAAAAUGUUUGUCUUCAAUCUCAUCUUCUGGCUGGGCGGCUGUGGAGUCCUUGGUGUGGGAGUUUGGCUGGCCGUUUCCCAGGGCCGCUUUGCCACCCUAUCGUUCUCCUUCCCAUCGUUGUCGGCUGCUGGCUUCUUCAUGGCAACUGGGGCAAUCAUCAUGGUUGUGGGCUUCCUUGGAUGCUUGGGGGCGGCCACGGAGCACCGUUGCCUCUUGCUCACAUUUUUUGUGGUCCUCUCUACUCUCUUCCUCCUGGAGCUGGUUGGAUUGCUGGUUUUUGUCACUUGCAGAGACAAGUUUGACAAGUAUGCCCAGGCUAACCUAAAGGAAGGGCUUAAGCUGUAUGACACAGAUGACAACUUGGGCUUAACCAAAGCUUGGAAUCAUGUCCAGAAUGAGUUCCGGUGCUGUGGCGUCCAGAGUUACGCGGACUGGUUUGAGGUGCGCAACCAGACGUGGGUCCCUAUGUCCUGCUGCUUACAGCAAAGUGACACUUGCCAAGAGGACAGCACCAGUUGGUGGAAAGAGCCCUGUUAUGAGAAGGUGAAGCUCUGGUUAGGAGAGAACAUUUCUGCAAUGGGCAUCUUUGCUGCCUGCAUCAUCGUUGUCCAGGUCUUGGGCAUUGUGUUCUCCAUGCUGAUGUACUGCCAGGUCCGGAGAGCAGAGAAGUACUAUGACUGAGCCCCUCUGAGCCUACUCCUUGUAGCUCAGAGACAUAAAGCUAUGAAGCAGUAGUAAAGGUGUUUCAUCCGAAGGAGCUACUUUACUUUCUCUUCUCAGCCCCUUCCUUCUCAUCUUUCAAGACGUUCCUUCCUCUGCUACAGCUUGUUCCUGCCAUUUAUUGAAUGCCUUAACUACUAAGAAGUAUUCUCACUCCAGGAUAGACCCCACUCUCCUAAAAGAUCCCCUCUGUUACUUUUUUAAAUUCCCCAUGUCUCUUUUUAGCCCUCAAGUGAAACUCCCUUCUCUCCCCACUAUAUCUUGUAUCAUAAUCUCUCUCUCCUUCUAACUCUGCUGCUUUUGUAUAUAACAGAACUAUACCAAGUACAAAUAAACACCUUAUAAUCACA